UGGAGGAGUAAAACGUUACCGGGCUGCAGUAUUUGGGGGAAAGGUCACAGUGGUCCGAGGCUUUUAUAUCCUCCACGCAGCGAGAUAUCAGCCUAAAACUUUGAUCCGGUCAUCGCUGGAUUGUUGAGUCUGCGCCAUGGCACUUCUCAGAGGUGUAUUUAUUGUAGCUGCCAAGCGUACUCCAUUUGGUACCUAUGGUGGAGUACUGAAGGAUCACAGUGCAACAGACUUGGCUGAACAUGCAGCCAAAGCUGCCCUCGCUGCAGGGGGUGUGGUCCCAGAGCUUGUAAACAGCAUCAUCAUGGGAAAUGUCAUGCAGAGCUCAGCUGAUGCACCCUACAUUGCUCGUCAUGUGGGUCUGAGGUGUGGCGUACCCAUCCCAGUGCCCGCUCUCACCGUGAACAGACUGUGUGGAUCUGGUUUCCAGUCCAUCAUUAAUGGCGCUCAGGAGAUUUGUCUCAGGGAUUCAGAGGUGGUCCUGUGUGGAGGUUCAGAGAGUAUGAGCCAGGCUCCCUAUGCUGUCCGUAACAUACGAUUUGGUACGAAGUUUGGCGUCGAUCUGAAGCUAGAGGAUACCUUGUGGGCGGGGCUGACUGACCUGCAUAUUAAAACCCCGAUGGGCAUCACAGCAGAAAACCUGGCAGAGAAAUACCAGAUCACCCGAGAGGACUGUGACAACUACGCACAUCAGACUCAACAAAGGUGGAAGGCAGCUCAUGAGGGUGGUUAUUUCACAGCAGAAAUUGCUCCCAUUGAGGUGAAAGCUAAGAAAGGCAAAGUGCCCAUGACUCAUGAUGAGCACCCUCGGCCUCAGACCACUCUGGAACAGAUGGCCAAACUACCUCCUGUCUUUAAGAAGGGAGGAACCGUUACUGCUGCUAACGCUUCAGGUGUAUCUGAUGGUGCUGCUGCUUUGGUGAUUUCAAGUGAGGAUGCUCUGAAGGAACACAAGCUCACUCCUCUGGCCAGAAUUGUGGCCUAUCACGUGUCAGGCUGUGACCCAAGCAUUAUGGGAAUAGGUCCUGUUCCAGCAAUCACGGGAGCACUUAAGAAAGCUGGUCUGACUCUCAAAGACAUGGAUCUUGUGGAGGUCAAUGAGGCUUUUGCUUCUCAGUAUCUGGCUGUUUCCAAGGCUCUAGGACUCAACCCAGAGAAAAGCAAUGUUAACGGUGGAGCUAUUGCCAUCGGACAUCCUCUCGGUGCUUCUGGAGCUCGCAUCACUGCUCACCUGGUGCAUGAGCUCAGGCGGCGAGGAGGCAAGUAUGCCAUCGGGUCUGCCUGUAUUGGCGGUGGUCAGGGUAUCGCCAUCAUCAUUGAAAAAUGCUGAGAGAAGAACCUGCCAGCUGCUAAGUUUCCUGCAGAAGAAUGACCUACACUCAACCACACAGUCCGCUAAUUCUAAAUAAAAUGCAGAUGAUACAUUGUAAAAGGGAUAUUUUUCCACAUUUUCACAUCAGAACAUGUGCACUAAAUGUUUCAUUCUUGAGUUGGCUUGGAAGUCCAGUAAAGACUGAAUGCUAAUUGCUCACUGACAUGCCUGUUCCUGUUUCACAUAAGUGCAAAAGACUUUUCAAGCACAUGCCUAAAAUUCAGCGCUAAUGAUGGUACAGUGUGUAGCAUAUAAUAACAGUGAAGUUUGUGGUAGGACAGAGUGAGACUUGAUGGAACUGGAAUUUGCCUUAAUAGCAGAGAGAUUGAGAACAUGUUAAGUUUUAAUGCUAGAAAAUUACCUGUGAUGGCUCCAGCAAAAACUGAUUUUGUACUUCUGUGUCAGAGAAUCUCAAAUUAAAAAAAAGAAAUAAAAAAUCUGUUUUCAUGAUCAGUCUUUUAUUGCAGCUGCAACUUUUUUU